AUGCUUGUCCCUACAUGGAAUAGAUACUGUACUGUGAUGUUUCUCGUCGCUACACUGAGGACGGGGACAUCCCAGGUAUCAGAGACGCGCCCAAAGGCGAACUCCAUCAAGCCAGCUCUGCUGGAAGAGACACCCACGCCCGCCACAAACCGCUCCGCUACUGUCCACACCGGGAUCACCAAGAAGUAUAACGUCCUUGCUCAGAUGUAUCCCUGUAGCAAUGACAAGGAAUGCAGUGUGGGAAGCUACUGCCACAGUCCCCAACAGGCGCCCUCUCGCUGCCUCACCUGCCGCAGGAGGAAGAAGCGUUGCCAUCGAGAUGCCAUGUGCUGUCCUGGGAACCGCUGCAGUAACUAUAUUUGUGUGCCUAUUUCUGAGAGUGUGCUCUCACCUCACAUCUCAGAUUUAGAUGAGCAUAACAAACUCUCCAACAAAGACCACAAUUGGAGGAAGGGUGGCAAAGCACAUGCUAAGCAUUCUCUUAAAGGACAUGAAGGCGACCCCUGCUUGCGUUCAUCAGACUGCUCGGAGGGCUACUGCUGUGCCCGCCAUUUCUGGACCAAAAUCUGCAAGCCGGUGCUUAGGCAGGGAGAGGUGUGCACCAAGCAGAGGAAGAAAGGCUCUCACGGUUUGGAAAUCUUCCAACGCUGUGAUUGUGCCAAGGGCCUCUCCUGCAAGGUGUGGAAAGACGCCACCUCCUCGUCCAAAUCCAGGCUCCACAUGUGCCAGAAGAUCUGA